ACCCCUAUCCGACAGAGGACGAGAAACGACAAAUCGCGAGCCAAACCAAUUUGACAUUGCUUCAGGUAAACAAUUGGUUUAUCAAUGCCAGACGUCGUAUUCUUCAACCGAUGCUGGACGCAUCAAACUUUGUCCCACUCGGUGGGAACACGUGCGGUGGAAACGGGCACAGUGGAGGCAAUUCCGGUGGAGGUGUGGACGGAAAUUCCGCGGAAAAUGGUAGUGAUAGUCUGGGCGGGGCGGAAACACCGAUCAUAAAUAAGAAAAAGAAAGCCGCAACUAGCCGGCCUUCAAACAAUCGAUUCUGGCCAGCUAGUUUGGUUGCGGCCGCCGCGAUCCAUCCAGUCGCAGCUGGCCUCGUUUCUUCCGGGGCGUCCAGCUCGACACAACCAGGGUCGGCUAUCUAUUCACACUGUCAAAAUGGUUCCCGUGGUGUGGGAGAUCGGGGUAUGGAUACAUUUAUGAAUUCCGACGAGGCGAAAACCAAGGACCAAACCGGUGGGGUACAUAAAACGGAGAAUGCGGCCGGACAUUCGACCUCCACAGCACGAUAUCAUCAUCGUAUGGGAUCGUAUGCGACAUCCGACACGGGAACGUUCUCGUGUAAAACAGACGGGAUGGACACUUCGUGGACAUCAGCCUAUGACACGGGAGCCGGCACUGUGCCCAAUAUGCAUUCAGCCGACUGUGAACUACCGUGUGAUCCAAACAGUAGUGGUUCUGGGACUGGUUUUGGUUCGGUCGAUCAUCGUUCCAGCGAUGAUUUUCCACCACCCCAUCUCCAUCCGGCAUAUCGAUCCACAAAUAGCAUGAUGCCAUCAACUGGAGAACGUGAUAGUACCCCACAAACAACUGACACCUUUGCUACAGCUCGAUCUGGCUUAUCAACCGGUAAGCGUAGCACUUGUAUGAUAAAAUUUCUACUUUCUUGUCUUAACUACUGA